AUGGCCAAGAGUUCACAGAGGAAGCAACGUGACUGUGUAAACCAAUCCAAACCAAAGCCUGGCUUAAGUAUAUUGAGUCCUUUGAGGAUGUCUAGUUACAUCUUCAAGAGGCCGGUUACUAGAAUUACAUCACAUCCUGGCAAUGAGGUUAGAUACCAUCAGUGGGAGGAGAAUUUGGACAAGCCUCAGCAGAUCUUUUGGCAGAAGAGACUGCAGGGACUCCAGGCCUACAGCAGCUCCGGUGAGCUGUUGAGUUCUUUGGAUCUUGCCAACACCUUGCAAAGACUUGCACCUAGCUGCACAGGUGCAUUCCUACCGGAGGCUCUUGCUGGCCCGCACUCCUGCCCCACGCUUGCAUCUGCCCAGCAUUCAGAGUUGGCAGAGAAAAUUCCCGAAGCAGGUGUGGAUAUCUCACCAUUCCUCUGCAAGCACUUGCUGGUCACCGAGGAAGAUAUUAGAAAACAGGAAAGGAAAGUGGAGAUGGCGAGAGAGAGACUCGCAACAGCAUUGACUGCAGACGGACUCGCUAGUGAGGCAGAGAAGGCAAAAGACCAAGAAAGACACCCCAUAAAACACUGUGUCCCCAAAGGGAAGACAAUGUAG